AAUGAUGCUGCAGUUCUGCUUCUGUCCGCUGGACGGCGCGUGAGAGUCUCUUAAAAAACCGCCAGCGGCAGCGCUCGAGCACAGAGCGGCGACGCGGGCUCGGGACAUCAAAGCAAAACUGGUUACAAAGUAACAGUCGCGGCACGUCAUCAAAGUCGCUGCGGGAAACAUCAGAACGCGGAGUGUGACAGCCGGCGGGAGUUUCCCGCGUGUCCGCGCGUUACCUGAAGUGCAACCAAAGAAAAACACUGGGAAAAGAGGAACUGACAAGAGCCCCGGUCAUCACGUCCAGUUUCUGCGGCUGCUAGUGUUGCAUUCGCUUGCUGCCAUGCAAAUAUAUGCCAUGUUCACUGUAUAGAAAGACUCCAGACACGGAUUUACUGCUCCUACAGAUCCUACAGGCUGUAAACAGUUGCUCCAUAACAGGAACAAGAGUUUGACAUCCUGUGUGUUUACAACGACAUGGGAAGAAGACCCUCGUCUGUCCAGUAAGAAUGUUUUCAUUGCACAGAGAGAGGGAACAGCCCAUCUUCAGCACACGAGCUCAUGUGUUCCAGAUCGAUCCCGCCACCAAACGCAACUGGAUCCCGGCCAGCAAGCAUGCGGUCACCGUCUCCUUCUUUUAUGAUGCCAACAGACACGCCUACCGCAUCAUCAGCGUGGGAGGGACCAAGGCGAUCAUCAACAGCAUGAUCAGCCCCAACAUGACGUUCACGAAGACGUCUCAGAAGUUCGGUCAGUGGGCCGACAGCAGAGCCAACACGGUCUAUGGUCUCGGAUUCGCCACAGAGCAGCAGCUGCACCAGUUUGCCGAGCGUUUUAAGGAGGUGAAGGAAGCUACACGUCUUGCCAGAGAGAAAUCACAGGACAAGAUGGAGCUGAGCUCUGCAGCUCUCAGUAUCGCAGCUCCUCAGUUCUCUCAGGACUUGUCUGAUGAGCUUCAGUCUCCUCCAGUGAUGUGUGUGAACGGGCCAGAGGACAAGCUCUACAGGAGCCAGAGCGCUGAUAUUACUCUGUCCUCAGAGAAGGAGCGCAUUAAAAAGAUGCUCUCAGAGGGGUCGAUCUGUGAGAUGAAUCUGGAGGCUGAGCUCUUCAGCUUACAGGACAGUAAUGCUAAACUAGUGGCGGCGCUGCAUGAGGCCAACGCCAACGUGGAGCAGUGGAAGAAACAGCUGGCGGCGUAUCAGGACGAGACGGAGAGAUUACGAGAUCAGGUGGCGGACCUGGAGGCUCAUGGUGGUCAUGGACCCAGCGACAUGCUCAAAGAUGAACUCACUCAAUCCCUGGAGGAGCUGGAGAACUUACUGAAGGCAAAGGACGAGGAAAUCCGGAUUCUCCAGAGUAAGAAGUCGGACUUCCAUGAGCUGGAGCAGGAGAGAGAAGAGGCCAUUCACAGACUACAGGAGUUGGAGAUGCGUAACGUUGAUUUGGAGCGCCGGGUGCAGAACGCCGAACAGAACCUGGCCUCAGCGCUGGAAGAUCGCGACCGCUCCGAGAACGAGGUGCAGAGGGUCGUUCAGAUCCUCGACGUCAAGAUCUUUGACCUCAACGACCUUCGACAGAGUCUGGUCAAACUCAUCAGUAAAUAGUGUGAUCUGAGAGACGAGAGACACUCAUCCUGACGGCCGCAGCGAGAGGCGCCGCAUCCACUAGAGGGCGUAGUUCUGCUUCAGUAGUUUCUGCACUGAUACCAUCAGUAUCUUCUUGCUUUGUUUUCUGCCCUUUCUGUUCAAAGUCUAGCAAUAACUUCAGUGGAGAGGAUGUUAUGUUGGAAGAACGUGAGCAGCGAUGUUACGGUACAGGAGGGGAAGCUUUAUUUUUGAUACACUAGUGCUGCGUCACGUCUUUACAGUAUUGUUUAAACAUUAGGGCUGGAGGAAAACUGAUUCACAAAUGCAUUGCAAUUCUCUCUGAAAUGAUUCUGGAUCUAUUCAUAAAACAAAUCAUAAUUUAAAGUAUUAAUAAUUCAGUUUAGUGGAGCACAGAAGUUAAAUAAUUGUAUUUACACAAGAUUAUUAUUUUUAAUUAUUAUUAUUAUGAUAUAAUAAUUUAAAAUUAUAUUUUUAAAUGAUAUUAAUAAUAAUUUAAUAAUAAUAAUGUGCAAUUUAAAUGUUUGUUAUUUGUGUUGUUGAUUAUUAAACACAUUUAAAUAAUUAAUUAAUUUAUUAUUAAUUGAUUUUCAGCCAAGUGCAUCCUGAAUUUUUGGUUUCGACACACAAUCUUCAUUUCGGUGCAUUGCUAUUAAAAGUGAUUAUAUUUUAAAAAUAAUUUCGCUUUAAAAUUGUCAUGCAUUUCUGUAACAUUCAAGUGUACGAGUCAAAUACAUUUUUAUGAACAAUUUAAAACAUUAAGCUGAAAAAAAAUGGAAGAAUCGUUUUUGAACUGAAUCGUGACUCUGUGAAUCGAUUAUUACGUGAGAUUUGGUUUAGAACCAAAACUAAUUUGUAGCAAAGACCUUUGAGGCUCAAACGUCAAACUUUUGGGAUAAACAUGCAAAAUACGAAAGGCUCAUUAGUUUUUCUGAAUGACUCUUCAUGUGGAUGUGCUCUGCGGUGUCACAGCUGGAGUGUGCAAACCAAAGACCAGCUCGAAUGUGGCGUUCAGACGCCUCUCUGUGUUUCAUACUGUGGAAUGCUUAGUAUAGAGGACAGCAUUGAUAUAAAGCAUUAAAUAGUAGCUGCAAAUAUACUAGGUAGAAAUAAACAAUUGUUCUGUUAUUGUAGAAUAUUAAGAUCUCUUGAACUCACAAGGAAAUUUAUACUUAAGAAUAGCUGUAGUUCUUCACUGAGGAAUGGAUGUUGAAUGUGCUUGAAUGCAUCUAGUGUAGUUGCUGUGUGCAGCUCUAAGGCUUCAAACGUGUUGGAUGUUGCAUUCUACAGUAUAUUUGUGAUAUAGCACAAGAAAGUCACUCAUGUGGCUUCAAACUGCAGUAUUUUAAGUGCCAACAGCCUGUUUUUACCUAAACACCCACAGGGUUCGGCACCAACAGCCACGUUUGUGUUUGUUUGCUUUCCGGCGCAGUUGAUUUAGGGUCUAAUAAACAGGUGUUUACUUUUAUAUUUCUUCUUCAUGCGGUACUUGAGUAUGUGUACUGCUUUGUAUUUUGGACAACGAAAGCAUGUGUGAUUAAUGAUUUGGAGUUUUAAAAAAAAAGUGGCAAGAACUCUUUUCAAGGACAAAAUCUCAUAAGGUGCCAUGCAUCAUUUCUGCUUGUAAUCUCUGAUGCGAGAGCCUUAUUUUUCCACUCAUGCAUCUUAGUGUGCAGGAGUUCAUUUGUUCUGCAGCUCUUGAUAGCCUGAUUAUACUAUGACAGUAGAUUUCGUUCUACACUGUUAAGAGUCAUACUGUGCCGACCAGCUGGAAAACUCCAGAGCCAAGUCUCAGUUACAGUGUAUGACAUUCUCUGAAUUUAACGAAAACUUGCUGAAUAAAUUUGUUUUACAUUGAA